AUGUCUAGUCAAUUUCACGUUACCGAAGAGCCCUGGGGCCACCACUACAAGGUAGUUGCAUCCGACGGUGAGGGCGGAAAACGACAUUAUUUUGUCGAGAACUCGCAGUACGCGUCCAAGCAAACAGAUUUGACCAUCCACGAUGGCACCGAGAUCGAUGGCCCAAUCGUCGGGCUCUCCAAAUUUCGACGCUUCACAUCAAACUGCGACAUCAGAUUAGAUGAGGCAGGUGAAUGGCUGUCUCUGGCAAAGAAAGGCGUGGUGACGCCGAAUUAUACAUUCCAGAUUCCCCUCCAUGGGCAGAUGACGCAUCUCACCUGGAAAAAGACCCGUUCGAUGGGGAGUUUCUAUGGGCCUUAUGGGAAUCUCAAGCUUGUCGAUGAGCAGAGCCAUGUUCUGGCGGUGUUUUCGUCCGAUGGCGAUUCGCUGGUAACGGGACGUUUGGAUAUGUAUGGUGACUAUGGCGAAUCGUUUGAUCGGAUGGCGCUUCUGACUGCGCUGGCUGUACGAGAACGAUCAAGGCGGCAGACUACGAGGUCGGCUCGUGUUGGGCAUGAGAAUGUUUAUACUACGGGAGCAGCAUGUGGUGGUGCUGGUGGCGGCGCUUGUUAG